UUUUAAAUAUCCACAAAGUCCAGUAUAUUGACAGUAAGGCACACCUUGAGCAAUAUUUCCCCAGUCUAAAUCCUAUAGAAAGUUUAUUUCAGUAAGCUUUAGUUUGGUACAUUAAUAUUAUCUUCCUCCACCCGGACAUCAGCUCAUGCUUUCCUCUUUCAGGAGGGGGCACAAUUGCACGUGCGCGCGCUUCCUGUUUUCAACAGGCGUCACUUCCGGGAAUUCCUAUAGGCGAUGUGUAAUCAGCGGUGGAGGAAUUAGAGUUGGUCGUGUAAAAGAUUUAGCGCUUCUUGUAACGUGUUUAACGAAUUAAUGGCUCGUUAGCGGUUUUAUUUACAAUUUUAAAUGGUGUAUUUCCAGGCUGUCUUGUGGAAGUGAGCCUGGAAGUCACGUUAUGAAGCGGAAGUCGUUUGUAUGAAAAGCGAAUAUAAAACCUGCUUUACCCGUCAUCCAUUUUUUUCUCAUCCAGGAUUCCGGUCAACAUGGCGAAAUGUCAGCGGAUUACACUGUAAAUCUUCAUUAACCCAGCGCAGAGGUAAUGGGCGCAGACAGUGAUGCAGGUGCUUCUCCAGCUGUGCCUUGGCGUAAAGUGCUGUAUGAGCGCCAGCCGUUCCCUGACAACUACGUGGACCGCCGCUUCCUAGAGGAGCUUCGACGCAACAUCAGAGUGCGUCGGUACAGCUACUGGGCAGUGGUUCGAGAAACCGGGCUGGUAUCUCAGCAGCUCUCGUGCGUGGCCCUGUUCCUCACGCUGUGGUCUUACAUGGAGCAGGGAAAUGUGGGUCCUUUGACGCUGCUUUGGACAGGCCUGGGAUGCUCGGUGCUGGGCUACACGCUCUAUGAGGCUCUGGGAGGAGGGAUCGACCGAGAACGGACACGCUGUGCCGACCUGCAGAGCGCUGCCGUGUUCAUGGCGUUUACCUUCGGUUUCUCGCCAGUGCUCAAGACGUUGACCGAGUCUGUGAGCACGGAUACGGUGUACGCCAUGUCCGCUGGCAUGCUUAUCGCACACUUGGCGUCUUUCCCAUACACACAGCCGAGCCUGCCAGGCAGCCUUUCGCUCAACGCUGCGCUCUUCGCCUCUGUGUGCUUGGCAUCGCGCCUGCCCGGGACCCUGCACACCUUCGCUAUGCUGAGCUGCGCCCUGCUCGUCUUCGCACUCUGGCCGUGUCUGCUGCAGCGACUGAGACGCACGGCUGAGUGGACUUUCCCCUGGGCGGCCGGGAUGGUGUGCGUGUGUGGAGUUGUUGGUGUUGGUACUUUGUGGCCCGCUGGAGCUCUUCUCCUGUUUCUAGCUCUAGUAAUACUAACGUUGGUGUGUCCGCUGCUGCUGGUGCGUCUACAGAGGCACAAAGACAACAUCCAUGGGCCGUGGGACGAGGCUGAGAUCAGCGAUGACCUGUCCCGCUUUCUGAGUUGAUGUGAAUGUGGAUGUCACAGGAUAUCUUCCAUAUGUCUGGUCUUUAAAUUCUACACUGCCUGUUUUGGGCACUGAUGCAAAAAGGGCUGCUCGUGUUGUAUGUUUAGCACUUUUACAUGAAACCUCAGGUUAAGCACUAUUUUAGGGACGGACUGCUCGUUUUACGAAACAACUAUUCGUUUAUUCACUAAAGUUCUAAAUAAGUAACACAAGGCGCAACCAAUAACUGGAGCAGUAUUUCUUAAAAUGUGUUAUUAAAAAGCUACUCUGAAAUAUGAUUAAUAAUAUGUUAAUAAGUGUUUUAUUUAUUGUACAUGUAAUAAAGAUUAUAUAUUCAAGGUCCCAACAAAGUGAAUCUUUUAACCAUACAUCCAAAAGAACAUGAACAUGAUGAUGGGAGGGGGAAUUUAUGUAGAGACAAAGAUUUUUCUACCUGAAUAAUUUGAGAAAUCGUUUAGGAAGCACGUAGGAAUGAAGGCUGUAACCACUGGCUAGGUCUAGCUUGAAAACGUCAGGUAUCAAAGUGAAGAGCUGCCUGUGCUGCGAUGAGGGAUAAAAGAAAAGACAGCAGGUUUGGUAGAGGAGUGCUGUUAGUAUGAAGAGAGAUGAUAGUCUUUGGGUCCAAGCAUUACAUUGACUGUGAUGGCGCUAGCCUGAGAAACCACACCUAGUUCCUAUGUUCUGAUGGAGAGAUGGAAAAAAAACCCCACAUGAAUAUACACUUAUUUACUCAGUGGACAGCUUUGCCAUAUACAGUAUACCAGACAAUGACUGUACAGUAUAUAUGAACAGACAACGGUGUCAUUUACACCCAUUGUGUGCUUUUGAAGCCUAAAUUAGUUCGAACUGAAAACCACCAUGGCCUGUACUCUCAGUAAGAGCUUCAGGUGAGUAUUGGAAAGAUUUUAGAGCUUAGACCGACUGAGCUACCGUUUACGAGCUAGCUGACGUUAUGUAAUCGUUCUGUACCUUUAACCCUCUACUGCAUGAUUUAUCACAUUUACAUUAAAUAAAU